AUGAAAUCUAAAAAUCCAAGUCGUGCAGCAGCCAAGCUUACAAAACCAUCAUUUGCACCAACAUCUCGUUGCCAGACAACAAAAACACCACGUCGUACUGUGUUUGGAUUGACACAAGUUGAAAAAACAGCACAAUUACAACCAGAUUAUGAAAUUAAGAGAGAGAUAUUCACUCCAACAUCAUCUUCUCGAAAGAAAGUCGAGUAUACACCGCUGCCAUCACCUGCAAAAGUUUUCAUUCCUGAUACAGAUAUUCUUGAAAUUCAAGAACUUCUUAAGAGAAUUCCUAAGCCAGAAGAUGUAUCAGACAAUGAUUCUUGGAUGGUUACACCAGUAUUAGAUAGAGUUUUAGGAACAGUUGGCACUUGGUCGCAAGAAAUUGUAGAAAGCUUAAUUAAUCACGAGGCUAUCACAGAAUUACAAACUAAACUCUUCGCUCUUAUCGAAGUAGAUGACUUCUUAAUCAGAACUAUUAUUUGUCGUAUUCUACUAUGCUUUUCUGUUGCAAAUUCCGAAUUACUUUCUCCAAUUUCAAGAAUCUUCUACAAAUUGAGCUGCGAUGAAAACAAUUUCAACUUCUUCGUAGAUGAAGACCUGGCAGGUGUACUUCUUAACCUUCUACAGUCUCAAGAACAAGAACCAUCUGUAUAUGCAGCUGGAUGUAUCAAAAAUACAACAAAAUCACCACUCAUGCAGAAUAAAUUUGUUGAAUUAGGCAUCCUUGACUUCGUUAUCCCUUACUAUGAGAUGGAUGAUGCAGAUCCUCAAAUUAUUUCUUUGCUUUCCAUUGCAAUCCAAAAUUUAUGCGAAAACAAAACAUUUAGAGUACAAUUAUCCAAGUCUUCGUUCAUAUCUGACUUGGCAAGCAAAGAUGACAUGCUUUCACUCGCAAUGAGUUUCAUUGCAAAAGUUCAAGAGGUUUCUAAAGAAAAUCGUAUCGCAAUCAUCAAUAAAUUCAUUGAAAACCAGGAUAUAUGGUUUGAUACGGCUCCAAUUAUAGAAAAAGCCUUUGUUGGAAUUGAAAAAGAGGAAAUUUCAGGAAAUUAUGUCAUAAAAAUGCUCCAACCUUACGAAGAAGAUGAGAGUGAGGAAGCAGAGAAGUGGAUAUUGGCAGUUAACAAGCUGGCUUUAGUUUGUUCGAAAUCUUCUGCGAAAAAUAACGGAAUUUUCGAAAAAAGUGGAGUUUUCAUUAAAUUGCUCAAAAGAAUUAGUUCUGACACUAAUGUAACGAUUUCUGCCCUUGAUGUCGUGAGGACAUUCAGCGGCGAGAAGAAUAAGUCGAUUGUUUGCGAAUAUGAGAAAUUAUUGGGAAUUAAUUAA